AUGUUGAUCCGCCACGAAAUGCCGCACCUCAAAGCCAUCAUCCAGUACCUGGGCACGCCAGCGCACGGGCCCGAGGAGGGCGUCUACAGCUGGGCGCAACUGCUGGACCUGGCCAAGUACGUGCCGGACGUGGCCAUCCUGGAGCGGCACGCCGCCAUCGCGCCCAACAAGUGCUGCACGGUCAUCUACACCUCCGGCACCACCGGCAACCCCAAGGGCGCCAUGCUCAGCCACGACAACCUGCUGUGGACCUCGCGCAUGGCCAUGACGGAGGCCUUCACCACGCUGAAGAGCCGGCGCGACAUCCAGGAGACCUUCGUCAGCUACCUGCCGCUCAGCCACGUGGCGGCGCAGAUGACCGACCUCUACCUGUCCAUUAACACCGCCGGCGUGGUCUGGUUCGCCCAGCCGGACGCGCUAAAAGGCACCCUGGUCGACACGCUGCGGGAGGCGCGGCCCACGGCGUUGGUGGGCGUGCCGCGGGUCUUCGAGAAGAUGGCCGAGAAGAUGCAGGCGGUCAGCAAGAAGAACGGCGCCGUCAAGACCUGGAUCGGCUCCGUGGCGCAGGAUGUCGGGCUGCGCGGCAAUCUCAAGCGCAGCAAUGGCAACGGCAAUCCGCUGGGCUGGACACUGGCCAACGCGAUGGUCUUCAAAAAGGUGCGGCAGGCGCUGGGCCUGGACCGCUGCAUCUUCACCUGCUCGGGCGCCGCGCCCAUGAUGAAGGAGACCCUGGAGUACUUCCUCUCCUUCAACAUCCCCAUCUACGACAUUUACGGCAUGAGCGAAAGCUCCGCUCCCCACACGCUGAACCUGCCCGGCGCUUUCAAAAUCGGCUCAGCCGGUCGGGAACUGAUCGGCGUGGUGACGAAAAUCGACAAGCUCGAUGCCGUUGGCAAUGGCGAGAUCUGCAUGUACGGCCGGCACAUCUUCAUGGGCUACCUGGGCAACGAAGAAAAGACCCGCGAGGUGCUGGACGCCCAGGGCUACCUCCACACCGGCGAAAUCGGGCGGAAAGAUAGCGAAGGCUUCCUCUUCAUUACCGGCCGCCUCAAGGAGCUGCUCAUUACCGCCGGCGGCGAAAAUGUCCCGCCCAUUCCCAUAGAAGACGCGAUCAAGGAAGAACUGCCGAUUGUCAGUAACGCUAUGGUCAUCGGCGAUAAGCGGAAAUUCCUCGCCGUUUUAUUAACGUUGAAAUCGGAGAUUGCGACGACCGGCGCUCCGCUGGACAGACUGACCAAGCCCGCACAAGAAUAGAUUAAGGAGAACGUCGGCCAAGAUGUGAACACAGUGACGGAGGCCGUCGGACUGACCAGCCUGCAGAAGGUCAUUGAGAAGCGCAUGGCGCUGGUGAACAAGCGCGCCACCAGUCGCGCGCAGUGCGUGCAGAAAUUCAAGCUCCUCCCCGAGGACUUCAGCAUCCCCGGCGGCGAGCUGGGUCCCACGCUGAAGCUGAAGCGCAACGUCGUCGCCGCCAAGUACAGCGACCUCAUCGAGCAGUUCUACGACGACACCGACUCCUGAGGGAAGCCGCGCCCAUCUCUGGCAUGCAUCG